UCUGCACCACUGGGUGUAAAAGACCUGUUGCUUUCCCGUGUCACUGGAACCAGAAAAUGGCUCCCUGAAGCUUCCACGUCUCUCUUCAUUGGAAGAGGUUCCCCCUCAUUACCAUCACUGGUAGAACCAUUGCAGACCUUUCAGCAUACAUCCAGGUUUGGGGCUAUUGUUCCUCAAGAAAUUCAAUUGGUGACACGGGAUUCAGACUUGUAGGAGGAUCUAGGCUUCAAAGAACAUCUCUACAUAGUCAAAAGAGAUCUAUUGCUUACGCAGCUUUGGUGCUCGAUUUUAUUGAAGAGCUUCUUCGAACAUGUACUUUUGAAAAAAUUCAGCACUGUUUGCAGUAAUCAAGUCAUGCUUUACGAGCGCAUUAUUAUGUGCUGCAGUUGUGUGGACUGAAUUAAUUUUCUAGAUGGCCAGAUCGAGGGCUGUAUUGGCGGUUCUCCCAGUUGUACUAUUGGUGUUGAUACUCACAAGUGCACGAGGAGCAGCGGCACAAGACAACGUAUCCGUGCAAUGGAUCCGACUCUUCAUGCAGCUCUUCUGCUCCACUACAGGAAUAACAUUUGAGUCCAGCAUCCUGAUGGCUACGUUGAAUCUGGCCCAGUGGCACGCCCUCAUUGCAUUGAAGAGAACGGGAGGCUGCACCACGGAGGAGGCUGUCGUCGCGUACGCAUCCCGCACAGUACUACAAAACUAUUUCCCUUUCAGCAGCGACGUUCUCAUUGAUCCUCUUCUCGAUAGGCAGCUGGAAGAUCUGCAACUGACCGCGACCCAGAAAAGGCUGGCCAAGCGUCUUGGUAAAGGUGUGGCUAAGCGCCUCAUUGACAAGCGAUCUCCUCUGCGAGAAUUUUUAGUUCAGGAGGUGCGGAACGCUAUCAAAACUCGACAGGACCGCCCCGGGCUGUUCGGCUACGUGCCCGGCACGCCACAUAACGAGACCGCGCCUUUGGUUACUCACUACUACUCCCUAGAACAGCCCUUUGUUCUCCCCAACGCGGUGGACUUCGUAAAGGAAUAUUUGGGCGAUUUGAAACCGCCCAAGGUGCCAUCUAAUGCGUGGGACGCUGCGUAUGACAGCUUGGUAAAUCUGGGGAGGAUCGACUGGCCGGGGCGUACAGCAGCAAUGAACCGCACGGCGGACCUCUUCAGCUGCUCCAAGGAAGAGGUCUCAUUUACCACAGUGGGUUGCAAUAGCGAUAUGUUCUGGAUCAAUGCGGCGAUCAACUCCGUGCCCAAGAAGACCCCCCUUUACGACGUAGUCACGCUGCUUGCAAAGAUGAGCGUUGCAAUGCACGAAACGCAAAUUGUGGUUAUGACCAUGAAGGAUGGGUACUGGUUUUGGCGUCCCGCCGAUGCGUUUCGUACUGGUGACGAGCGCCAUGCCCCUUUUCCGAACUGGACUCCCUGGGCUUACACAUUUUUUGACCCGGAGUAUCCCAGCGGCACUGUGGCGAUCUUCUCCACGGGGGCAACAGUGUUGCAGAGCUUCUUCGGCAAGAAAAUAGUUCCUUUCUCGAUAGAAGGCUCAGGUGUGUUCGGCGCCAAUUGCGUACACACACCGGGGGCUCCCAUCGGUACUCGCCGAUACGACUCCAUUCAUGCAGCUGUGGAGGAAUCCAUUCUAGGCCGGAUUUACUCCGGAGCACACUACAACAGCUCUACCCGAGAUGGCGAAAUUGUUGGCGCCACUGUUGCGAACUAUGUGCUGAACAACUGGGCGAAGAGUACGCCAUCUGGAGUGCUGCCUGACACCGAACACUUGAAUAUCUUCGUCGAGCUACCGAAAGAGCAAAGGCAAUUCCUUCCUGUCCACUAUGAGGUCUGAACAUUUUGCGCAACAAAUUGAAAAGUAUUUGCAACACAGUUUAUAGAUAUAUCCUGGGGAUCGUUGCAGCAACAUCCAGCUGCUUUCACUUGCACUUCACGCAUAGCUUUCAGAAUGCAAAUCAAUGUUUAUAUAUUUAAAAUUAUUCAGAUUCGGUCAAGGCAUUUAUUUUAAUAAAAUUGACAUGGACCUGGAAAUUGCAAGGCUUGAAGGAAAAA